UUGUGACUCUGACGCCCGACAGCCUCGGCUUUGUUCCUCCCGGCGUUCUCAGACAUCAGCGCGUCUGUGACUCUGCCGCCUCGUUCCCCAUAAAGCUGCUGGAUUUAUAAUCGCAACACGCUGUAGCAGAGGGUCGCCCCCAUGGCUCCUCAACAUGUGUGCCUGUUCUUGCUGUGGAGCCUCUCUCUUUUUCUCUAUGGGGCAUCCGCAUCGUUCUGCAGUGUCACCUGCUCGACAGACUACAGUGAGUCAGUGAACUGUUCGUGCUCGGCGCCGACGACUCCUCUUCACGUCAGCGUUACCUGCAGAGGUGAAGACGUUAACGUGAGUGGCAGCUGCGUUAUUGAGCCGCCUCAGUCCUGGUGCAACAUCGACGUGAACCUCGAUGAUGUUGCAUCCAUUGGAACAGCGUGCACCACGACCACCAGCGAAGGCGGCGAACCAUUCGCCAAUGAGGCAUCCAUCUGGGAGCUGAGUAAAAUGGUGAAACCUGAGACUCCUUUUAACGUUCAAGCUGAAAACACCGACAAAUUCUACAACAUCACCUGGAACCACGAAAGCACUUGGGAGUGUUUCGUGUACAUGGUCCGCAUACGAACAACCAAAGACCUGUUAGAGGAUCCAGUGUUGUCCCUUGAAAGAGAGACAGAGACGCACAUUCUGAUAAACCACGAGCAGCUGCAACCGCACACCAACUAUACCGUGGAUGUCCAGGCCAAGCUGUGUCCCGGCUAUACCUAUCAGGGUCCGUGGAGCGAAUGGAGUCCCACUGCAGACUGGAGAACAGCAGGACCGCAAGACACCGAAGGUGCGUGGUGGCAGGUGUCUCUGUCUGUCAUCAGUCUCAUCAUCCUUGUUCUGUGCCUGUGUUACUCACAAAAAACGUGUUGGCAGAGAAAACUCGAGCUGAUUACAUACAUCCCCAAGCCAAACACCUUUUUCGACCCCCUUUACAUCAACUAUAAUGGGAACUUCAAGGAGUGGGUGAAGCCUGCAUUCAGCGAGUGUGAUUACCUGAGGAUCAGCUCAAAUGCCGGGAUGACGAGUGACAAGCAGCACGACAUCCUUCACUGGAGCAACGAGAAGCAAAGAGACAGCGAGGACAACGAGAGCAACCAAGGCGGCCACAUCCUUCACCUGCAGCAGCCUCACAGCAACCUGCUGCUGCACUUUCAGGAUCGCGAUAGUUCAAAGGGCAACAGCCACUCCACCGGACACAUCUCCAUCCAUACCGUAACCUUAUCUGGAGAGGAGUUUGAUGAGGAAGUCACAUCCCAGAGUUCCCUCAGAAGUUACCAAGAUGGAGAAAGCUUGGGUUCAUUUGAGGAAGACAACAGGUAUGAUUUAGAGGAGCGUCACAUGUCCAGGAUGGACAGACAAAGUGGGGUAUUACCACAACAUGAAAACCAAAUAGCCAAUGACCUACUAGUGGAAAACAUCAACUUUCAGCAUCGUGCUCAGUUUAAUGAACCGGAGAGGGUAUCCCUCGACUCAUUUGAGCAGUCAGAAGAUGGCUACCCUCAUGUGGACCUGGACACAAUUGACAGUGGUUUUGGGGAGUGCGGCAGCCCCGGCGCUUCAGACACAAACACAGCAGAUCAAACAAACUCUGAUUUAUUUCAUGAGCACACGAACUCAAAUUCAAACUAUGUCAAGCAGUGGAUGGUAAUGUAGCUUAUUCAGGACUCCAGCCAUCUAAAGAACGAACUCCAUGAAUCACAGUGAUUGUAGCUCGACUGCUACAAUUGCAGAUUGUUGCACUGUGGGACACGUAAUUAAGACUUGGACUUGUGGGUGAUAUUUUAAUUAGAAGAAGAAUCUAGUUGACUGGUUAUUAUGUAAUUCUGUGUAUUUUUUAUGUUGUUUCUCUGCACUAUAGUCAAGUUCCGUUAUUUUUAAAGAGAC